ACUGCACUGCACUUGGUAUUUGAGAGAGAGUAACACUUUGCGUUGAUAAAAUUUCACAAAAAUAAUUGAAAAAAUGUGAAGAUAAUCCAACUUUCUGAUCGCAACUGAGGAGCAUUCCUGGUGUAUUUACUAUAGGAAAAAGAGGUUCUCGGUGAAAAUGCGUAGAUCUAGCUAUAAUUAGCUAUCCGAAGAUGUCAUAAGUGUGGAGAUCGACAGUGACCGCUUUCGUGGCAUUCUCGUACGGGUGCGCAUCGGCCUAGGUGCAGGUGCUGCAGUGACAGUGUGAGCUAGGGCUUUUGGAGCUGGAGUGCUGCUGCCACAGACUGCUUUUCUGCAUUCAGCUGUGUACUGCAUUGCCAGUGCCACUUCCAACAUGGAUUAUCGAUUGGAUCAUUACAUGUACAUGUGAAUGUUCACAGUUACCAGCCAGAGUUGUACUUGAAAUUUUAGAAUGAUUUAAAACUCUGUCUUCAUCAUUGGAUGUAAAAAAAUGAAUAAUCAACGGCCAUCUUCGCUCGCGGUUGGAGAAAGGAAAAAUCGCAUUGUUGUUCGUGGAACAGGAGCAGGAAAAAGAAAAAACAAGACUUUGAGUCAAAAAGUCACCUUGGAAAGAGUACUUGGAAUAACUGUUAAGGACAACUGUACGUUGACCUGUGACCCAAACACAGGUCAUGUGGCUUACGUUGCUGGGUGUGUGAUCGUGGUCUUUAAUCCAAGGAGAAAUAAACAGUUCCAUAUCUUCAACCAGUCAAAGAAAACCCUGACAGCGCUCUCAUUUUCUGGAGAUGGACGGUAUUUGGUUUCUGGCGAGUGUGGUCACAAUCCAGCAGUACGGAUAUGGGAUGUUCAAGACAAAACACAAGUUGCUGAAUUCCAUGGACAUAAAUAUGGCAUUUCAUGUGUGCGUUUUUCACCGGAUAUGCAGUAUGUGGUAUCGAUCGGGGAGCAACAUGACAUGGUCGUCAAUGUGUGGGACUGGAAGAAGAAUAUCAAGCACUCAUCUGGAAAGAUUGCAGCCCAGGUGACGGGAUUGGCAUUCUCUGAAGAUGGAAGCUUCUUUGUCGCCGUGGGCAACCGAUGCGUCAAGUUCUACUACCUCAUGGGCAAGAGUAGGACAAGACAGAUUCAAGCAUUACCAGGAAGAUCAGGUAUCCUUGGUGAGCAGAGGAACAACUUCUUUGUCAGUGUAGCCUGCGGGAAAGGAGAGAACCAAGACAAAGUUUAUGCCAUCACACGGUCAGGGUUCCUCUGUGAACUCAAUAGCAAGAGACUUCUUGAUAAGUGGGUCGAAUUGAGAACAACCGGUGCUCAUUCCAUAACCGCUGAUGAGGAAUUUAUCUUUGUUGCUUGUGAUGGUGGAAUCAUUCGUCUGUUCAAUGCCUCUACCCUACACUUCAUUGCUACACUUCCUAAACCUCACUAUCUUGGUGUUAAUGUUAGUGCUGGGAUUGAUGCUAGUCACAUGUCAAGUCAUCGAGACAAUGCCCAGUACCCAGAUGCUAUAGCUCUCAUGUUUGAUAGUGAAAAUAAAAAGCUUACAUGUGUGUACAACGACCACAGCCUCUACAUCUGGGACAUCCACGAUGUGAAGAAGAUCGGCAAACAGUAUUCCUUCCUCUACCACUCGGCUUGCAUCUUUGGGGUGGAGACGUACCCGGAGCUGAGUGAUGGGAGCAGAGCAGCCCUCCCUGCCGGCUCCUUCUUCACCUGCUCCUCGGAUGGGACCAUCAGGAUCUGGAACAUGGAUCCCACCAUGAACACCACUGUCCUCAAAAGAAAUAUAUACAGCCAUGAAUUAUUGAAGGUGCUCUACGUUGGUGAGGAUUCCUUAGAGAAUCUACAAGACAGGGACAUCCACACCUCAGCACAAGGGGAUAAAACAGACAUGGAGAAGGGCAAGACUGGGAUCAGAUGUAUGAGGGUCAGCCCUGAUGGACAGAUGCUUGCUUCAGGUGACAGAUCUGGUAAUGUAAGAGUCCAUGACCUGCAGUUUUGGGAUCAGCUUCAUGAGAUAGAAGCGCAUGAUUCUGAGGUUCUCUGUUUGGAAUACACACAACCAAACACUGGUUAUAAUCUUCUAGCCUCAGCAAGUAGAGACAGACUGAUCCAUGUAUUUGACAUGGACAAGAAUUGUUCCUUGGUGCAAACAUUAGAUGACCAUUCUUCUUCUAUUACAUCAGUCAAGUUUAAUCGACAUGGAGAGCAGCUACAGAUGAUCAGUUGUGGAGCAGACAAGGCCCUCAUGUUUAGGAUAGCAGUGUAUAAUCCUGAUCUUCAGUUUGUCCGCAACCACCAUGUAGUCAACAAGACAACGCUCUAUGAUCUAGCCAUUGACACAACACAGAAGUACAUCACCACAGCAUGCCAAGACAGGAAUCUCAGAAUAUACAAUAUAGUGAGUGGUAAACUGAAGAGAACGUACAAGGGAGCUCAGAGCGAUGAGGGAACCUUGAUAAGGGUGGAGCUGGACCCGUCUGGGAUCUAUGCUGCAACAAGCUGUUCAGACAAGAGUCUGAGCAUCUAUGACUUCUACUCUGGGGAGUGUGUGGCAACCAUGAUGGGCCAUUCAGAGUUGGUAACAGGAAUUAAGUUUACCAGUGAUUGUAAGCAGCUGAUAUCGGUGGCUGGUGAUGGUUGUAUCUUUAUUUGGAAGCUGCCGUGGGAGCUCACUCAUAAUAUGAAGGAGAGAUUGAAAGAGAUGGGAGAGAAAGUUAUUGAACCACCGCCAGAAUACAACAUGCUCAGAAGAGGGACUUACGUUGUUCCUCCUGAGCUUCCCCCUGAGCCUAAGGCCCGAGUGAUAAGUGCUUGGCAGACCAAACCAGCUGUAGCAGCUGAAUUCCAGCCAGCCAUGCAGUCCAGGCCAGAUACAGAGGACGAGACUGAUGAUAGAGAACCGGAUGAAGAUUCCACUACUGAAGAGUGUAACUUUGAGACUGGUCUCCUACCACUUUGGGCCCAGAAGCAAGUCAAAGCCGGUGAAGACAUACCAGAUGUACCAAGCCCUACCAAGUACAGCAGCCCUACCCAUCCCAGAGGGAGGUGGGCCCAGAACAUCAACAGCGGUGGUAUAAAGGUCAAGUCACAGAUGGAAGAGCUGAACCAAAGCAUUGAGCUUAGACUGGAAGACUGCUUGGAUCGACGGCGAUAUACAGUGGAGCCCGAUGUCCUUUUAGAGCAAAAUAUAUUGCUGAAAAAGCUACUUCGACAAAAAAUGGGUCCCUUUGCUGGUAUGGAUGCUGAAGAGAUUGCAAAGAUUUGUGGAGAAGAGUUUGUACCUGCCUCAGAGAAGUUUGGCUUGCUUUCACAGGAGGAGUUUGAGGAGUCUGAGAAGAUGGAUGGCUUUGUGACAACCUCAAGGGGGAGUGACCCAAGGGGAAGUGACCCUUUUGGUCCACCACCAUCCCUCCGUGCAUCUGCCGCUGAUUCCACCCAUGGUGCUAAUGGAAUAGGCCAUCCCGGUGCAGCUGAGAAUGGGGAUGGUACCAAAGUGGACGAUAUUGAGGGGGAUGAUGAAGAGGAGGAGGAAGAUGAGGAAGAGAAGGAGGAUGACGCCCCAGAUAAGGAAAUUAUUUUUUACCCACCGGAAGAGGAGGAAGAGUCAUCUCCUGAAAGUCUCAAGUUUCAAGUGACCGAAUCAACCAAGAGCCAUGAAGAGUUGGCCAAGAGACACAGCAGACAUAAAUCCAAAGAAGGAAGUAAGGAGACUAUUAGCAGUGACCCAACACCAAAUAAAGAUUUGGGUGUGUCUGCAACUUCCAGUACUGAUGGUAAUGAGGAGGAGGAUGUUGAUGAGAGCGAUGAUGAGGAAGAAGAAGAGGAGGAGGAGGAAGAGGAGAGAGGGACUGUUACUCCCACAGCCUCACCAAGACGCAGCAAGCUGACUUCCAUCGAACCUCCCUCUCCGACUACCACGCCGGACGAAGAGAAAUUCCUGCAUACUAAUUUCAGUUUUGCCGAGAAGGAGAAGAAUAUAGGGGAUUUCACGGAGCAGGAGAAUUUCGGGAAAUGCCUAGAGCAGCUCCAGUCCAAGUUCUCGGAUGAGAUCAGCUGCGGGCGGCUCAGUAUCUCGUCCCGCUUCCUCUCCAGGUCGCAACACUCCAUAGCCAGGGUGGCUCCAAUGAUGUCCCAGACUCCAAGUGCGGGUAUCAGUCCAGAAGAGUAUCUAAGAAGGCGCAAGGAAGAAGUAGCCAGAGCGGUGGAAGAAACCAGGAAGAGAUUAACAUCACUUGGAUGGAACAUGGGAGAUAAAAAAACUGCCAAUGUCCCAACUGCUGCAACUUCAGGCCCUGGUGGUGCGAAAGUAAAACCUGCCAUACCUCCCCGCCAGAGUAAACCUGUGCCAAGAAAGGUAGACCAACCUCUAACAGAACUCCCUGGUGAUAAAGACACUAGCGCAACCCCUGUUCCUGUCCAGACCGAUUCAGUACUAACCAGUAAAGACAAAAAAGAUGAUGCCUCUGUUGAGGAUGCCUCUGUGAAUGGCCAUUCAAUGUCUGGGGAUGUUGGUGUGAAAGGACAGACAGAGAGCAUCCCUAAAGAUGGCAGUCUUGAUAAGAACCGGCAUGCCAGCAAGGAGAGCUCACAUGAGUCCAGCCCUGAGACGUCGGGCAAUGCCAAGGACCAAAAGACCAAGGAAAAAUCCUCAGACUCUUUAAAAAAUGUCAAGAACAAUGCUUUGGACGAAGCCCUUGACGAUAUCUUCAAAGACAACAAGUCUCCAAAGCACCUGAUCAGACAGACAUCGGUGUCUUCAGACGACACCAGCAGCAGCUGUGACUUUGAGGCAGAGGUAGAUUCCAAUAAGGAGAACGUGAGCAGUGUGGCCUUGCUGAAUAAAAAGAAGCAUGGGGAGGAAGAUGGUUCAGGAGUGCCCAACACAAAGUCCAUGAGUGGUGGUGACAGAUCAAAGAUCGCAGGCAAGAAGACCAACAUGAGGAGGGUUGCAUCCUUGACUGACCUUAGGAAGGAUAACUUGGACAAGAACGAGUCCUCUCCCACCCUGACUCCACCGACCCAGUCAUCCCAUGCCAGAAGUUCCAGCUCAGAAAGGGCAAGGAAACAGCAAUCCCCCAGCGACAGCCCAGCUCGGCAAAAGAGGAGGGAGAAAGCAGAUCGAAUGCUUCCCCUGCUCCCUACGCCAAAGACACGGUCUUAUGAGGGGCGAACUGAGAGCUCUAUGGCCAAAGUGGUAAGGAGGAUUAGUGAGUCGCCACCCCCUUCUCCAAAUACAAGGCGAAAGAAGAUGAGCCUUGGUGGAGCCACCAUGUCAAAGAGUGGUCCUUUGAAGGCAACAGAUUCGUCUUUGAUUAGUGACACUAAAUCAGACAUAGAUCUAGAUCUUAAUAGUGAAGCAUCUUUUGAAAGCUCAAAGGCUAGUGAAGAUGGCUCCAGCACAACGUCAAAGAAGACUACAUCAUCGGACAAACUUGCAAUGCCUCCACCAACAUCAACUCAUGUCAGUAAGGCAAAGGGGAGGAAAAUGUCCAAUACCAAGAUGGCAGAUAGAGGUAGGAAGAGGAGUUCGUCGGUUACCCUUACCCCAGGAACAUGUCGAGGCCGCAGGUCAUCGACCUCCUCCCUUCCACCAUCAACAUCGGAGAGCAAAGCAAAAUCUACAGACUCAAAAUCAAAGAUUCCCAUGGUAAAUGCGAAACCUGCUGUACCCAGUAGAUCGCCAAAGGCCACCACCGAUUCAAAGUCUGAAAUUAUUCCAAAGCAACCUGCUAAAAUCGCAAAAGACACACACACUGGACAAGGUGCUCAAGCUGACAGCAUCCCUGCUGAAUCAGAAUCAAGUAAAGAAGCAAGAGAUGUGAACAAAUCUUCAGAGACACCAAUAGGUAAUGAGGAAACUGUUGAUGAAGUUGUGAAACGGGGAGAGCGAGAUGAAGAAAAAGAAUCAGAUAAGAGCAGUAGUGUCAGUGAGGAUACCAUGGUACUAGAGUCCACUAAAGUGAGGACAACAUUGCCGCAGGAGGGAGAUGAGCAGAGGAAACCUGUGGAAGGCCUCACUACCAGUGGUGGAAAUACACCUGAGGAGGUUAAAGCCAUGAGGGCUGACCUAACAAUAGACCUGGAUGAUAUUACUGUGGAUGGGACAGAAGUAGAUCCUGGUGUGGGACUGAGGAGGAGUGUAGAUGCCAUGAAGAAAGCCUUCGAUCAAUGCAUCAAUUAUGUUUCAUUGAUUGAGAGGAAAGGAAACCACCGUCAAGACCUUAACUAUUUCAGUUCAACCUUUGCCAAUAUGGACAAAUCCUAUGACACCAGGGUACUUCAUGUCGUCCGUCGAAGCAACAACGCCUCCCCAGAAAACACACUCUCCAAUGCCAGCGAGGGCUGCCUCAAUAUCAGUAAUUCUGGACAGUUUACAGAGACAUCCCGAAGUCUGCCCUCGUUGUCAGACCUUAUGGGUGGUCCAUCGGUCGAUACGAGGGAGCGGUUGGACAAGAGGUCAGGAUCAUUGGAUGCAUCUUCACCCCAGGCUCUAGCCAUGCUGCAGCAUUACUCUGACAUGUUGGUUAAUAUGGUCAGAUCUAAGAUGGAUGAUAGUGAGGAUGGGCUGUUGAGCGGCAGAAGUCGGGUGUCGUCCCUCGAUCUGGAAGGAGAGGACUAGAUAUUCAAACACUAGAUAAUGAUGUUCUAGAGGGAAUUCAUUGGGGAGAGUUCUAAACUUCAACACAAUAUAAUCAAUAACUGUUUAGAACCUGGUAUAUUAAUUUUUAGUUGGGCCAAUAAGGUAUUCAUAUGGUUAUAUAUCUGGCCUAUGCUGAACCAAUUCUAACAAAAUUUGUGCUGUUGGUGCUUUUCAUCAUACUCCUCCGAGAUAUAAUAUAAAAUACGAAAUGCAGAAUCUGGGUUUGUUUAGGGCAUCACACUUCUCUACUCUAUAUAUAAGUUCAAUCAGUCGGGAAUAUCAAUCUUAAAUAUUUUUGAACGUUUUGGAGUCUCCCACAGAACCAGAAAGUUUACCGCCCACAACUGUGAGUCAGUAUGGUGUAGAUGAUACAGCUUCAUAUCUUAUAUCACUGGUAUAUUUCAUUUGGGGUUUAUGUGUACAAAUUGUGGAGUUCACUUUCUUUGCUGGACUUCUUGUACUUUUAUGCUUAAUUUUCAAUGGCAGAAUUAGCAUUCUGAAAAAAAAUUGACAUAAACCAAAAAAUCAAAGGUACUGACCUAAAGAGAUUGUUGGUAAUCUAGAGGACCAGAAGUUGAAAUAUCUAAAUUUGCAUAAUAUUUUUGAGUGGUAUAUGAGACUCAAUCAUUAACAUUUGUGAGUUUGUUAUCAGCAUUCUACAUGAUGUUUAUAUGCAGAAUGGGAGUGGGGGCAACCCUGUUAUGAAUACUGAAAGCUGGGUUUGUUAUGCUCCAUUAUUAGAGCUCUUACUUUUGAUAAAGUAAGUGUUAAUGCGCUGUAUAAAGCAAGUAUUAUCACCUAACAUGCUUCAGAAUGUGCAGCGUUAUGUCAUCAAAUGUGCAUCACCUCAUUGUUCAUCUCUGGAAAUAGCUUGUGUAAAUAUUUUGUUGCCUAGCACAUCACGACAUUCCACAUUCAAAAUGCACUGUUUUUCUGUAUAUAUAGAAUGUGUAUAGAAUAUGACAGAAUGCUAUAUUUUGGCUGUACUAUUAUCACUGCUUUGUGCCCUCAUCGUGUAUAUAGAAUAACUUUAUUUUGAGAAAAGAAAAGGAUACAGUAUUAUUUCUUGUAUUUUUCCAUUUUCUUUCAUGAAAAUGUGCUGAUAUGUUUGUUUAAGAAUAGAUCACACUUUUCCCCUAUUAUGUAAUUGUUGAUUAUAUAUUUUUUGUUUGGCUCUUCCUUAUUUUCCUCAUUGACAUGUACACAGAAAUUAUGGUUGUAAAUAUUAUGAGCUAAUGCCAGGCAUUUUGUAUUGAAAUGUGUUCAUGUAGCAUUUUCUAUUCUGUGCAAAUUGUGCUGAUAUAAUUGAGAUAUACAUGAUAUUGUGUGUUUCAUACUGCAAUGUUGAAGUGAAUAUCAGAGUACUUGAAUAGUAAUAAAUUAUUGUUUUGCAAUGAUUAUGCAAGCAAUCUUGUUUUUUCAUGCACAUUCGUAUAUUCCAUUUUGAAAUAAAAGUUAAUUAUUCUUUCAUGCUGAAGAAUGCCCUUAUCAGUCUUUGUCACUAAAACCCAUGGAAUAGAAAAUGUUAUUCCACUGACUAUUUGAAUAUAUACUUAGUUGCAAUCUUGUGAUAAUUAGAAGGGGGAAAAUGCAACGAGGGAAGCAACAAUAGCUUUAACCAUUUAUAAAAUACAUCUGGGGAUCUUGCAGAGACACAUGUAUCCUUCAAGACAUUAGAAAUAUUGAUACAAAUGAAUUUAUCAAUUAAAAUACAUAAAUGACUGGUAUGUUAUUCUUUCCGUUAAUGAAGUGACAGUUUAAACAAAAAAUGAAAGAAAUGGACUUGAUAACUGAUAAAGGAUAGGUAUCAGACAGAGCAGAAACCAGGGGCUUCUUAAAACCUUUCUUAGACAGUGUGACAGAACUUUCUCAUAUUUCUAGAGCUUUCUGACUUGAUUAGUAAAAUUUGCCCACUGAGGUUAGUUUGUGUGAUACCAUACAUGUCAUUGUUGUCAUUGUCCAAAUUUGCAGAGAGGAAUAAUGACAGUGUAUUUUUUUCUUCAAGUUUUUGCAGCUAAGAGAGAAUAAAAAUGUCUCCUGCUUCCACACAUAAGAUGUUUGUUUAUAUUCACUGGUAUUCAGUUGGUCUACCAAGGGAUGGUGUAAUUCUCAGAUUAUGUAACAUCAUCAUGGCUAAAGCUAUUUGAUCUUCUAUCAGUUUAGUCUAAUUGUCACUUGGGCUAAUUGCCAUUUAGUCUAAUGUCCAGGUGGUUUGAUUUGUUUUGUUUUUUGGCACUUUGUCAAUAAAAAUUUGGUUCGUAACCACUUCAUCUAAUCAUAUAGACUAAGUUGUGAAGAAGUAGUGAGAGGUAUUUUCUUCUGGGUGAUACUCAGUUGUAUUCAGCAAUUGUUCCUUUCUUUAUUAUUAAAAACACUUGUAAUGCAGAUAACCGUAACUCAUAUAGACAUUGCUACAGCAAUUACCUUUUACAGAGCUUAAAGCCUUGUGUGGGAAAUGGUCUCUAGACUAUUUGGUGCUUCCUUUCUGUUAAUGCAGUAAUCCUUUGUAAAAUCUUGUGCAUCGAGUGUAGAUAUCCAUGUAAAUAUUAAUUACCCCUUAUUUGCAUAAGUACAAGAAAUAAAUAAGGUGUAGUUUAAUUUUCUAUGCAUUUGAUAUGCUGAUUGUAGAAUUAAAGUUCAUUGCAUUGUAAAAGAACAUGUGGUAUGAUUUUUAAACACUGCCUUUGAAAAAAAUGAUAUAUGGCAUAUGAAAUUGCACUUGCUUAAAGAAGGGUCUUAUCCAGCUUUAUUGUUGACAUUACCAAUAUGAUUUUUUUUACUAGUUAAGUGUUAAUUAUUGCUCCACAUUUGCAAUAUCUAUUACUGUUAUCUGCACAUGUUUACUGUGCAAUGUAUUUCCCUUGAUAAAUUAAAUGAAUUAAGACAGAAAUGCCGGGGCUAAAUUUCAUAUACACAAUGAUUUAAUCAUUGAAAUAAAAUGAGAAUGCAGCUUAAACUCGGUGUGUAGAGAUUCUUGACACUCUUGAAAUUAAUUGAUUAAAGCAAGGUUCUUGUUAUAGUGGUGUUUGAAAACAGAAUGAAACAGGGCCUGAAAUGGACCACUUCUGCAGAAUCAGAAUUAUUUAAAUAUUGUUUAUACUGAAUUUCCACUGUAUUCAAUAUUUCAAAACAUAAACACAAAAAUUUCAUUAAGCAUUGGUGACUUUUAAAGUGAUAGCAAUUAGGUCCUUAUGGCAUGUAUCCGACCCAAAGUCUCCCGUCCACUGAAGAGUUGAGAGCAUCCACAUGAACAACAACAAAAAAACAUGAAAAAUGGGUGUUUUCCAGGGGGUAGGCACAGAAUGCAAAAAGAAUGUGUCAAAAAUGGAAAAAAAAGGCUCCCUCACUGACGAUAUCCUAAAAUGCGAAAAGGGUAUGUAACUUUCACUGACUGCGAGACCUACUGUAUCAAGACCCAUGAAUGGAAAAUCCUUUACACCACCUCGCGAUAAAAAGCCAGAUGAGAAGGGCAAAUUCAACAUGGAAUCCCAAACCCGAAUCCUCAGUAUGAUCCACACAAUGUUGAAAAUGGGAAUAUUCAAAUAAUUUAUAAAAUCCCUGUUCAGGGUGUGCAAAUAUAAGACAUCUGCACAAAAUUUGUGUUAGGGGUGUCCUAGUGGCCUGCCCUGGAAUCCUUAUCUAGAUUGCUUUUUUCGUGAUGAUUCUUACGGAUGUUGUUCACUCUUCAACGAUUUACAAUUUACACAGUAUUUAUUUAUCAUUUGUUUGUAUCUGUCGAUGAUGGAUUGCAAAAUCUUGCAGCAAGCAAGCAAAAGCUUUAAUUCCUCUGAUUUUUUAUGAUGCUGUAUUUGUAUUAAUUUGAUCCAAGAUUAUUGAUAAAGCUUCCAUUCCAAGCUGAA